UGUGACUGCACCCUCUCUCCCUCUCCCUCUGUCUCAUUCACAUUUAAAGCCCGACCACAUCAGUCUGAUACAGAUACGUAGAAACAACCUAUCAGAAUAAAAAAAAAGGCAGCAUGGAUGGAGUCAAGUCCACACAUGAGGUCUCACGUUUGUCGCAGGAGGAUGUUAAAGAACUGAUCCAUCAAUCUCAUGAAGCCAAAAAGUUUUCUUACUCUCCAUACAGCAAAUUCAGAGUGGGAGCUGCACUCCGGACCCUCGACGACCGUGUGUUUCUAGGUUGUAACGUGGAGAACGCCAGCUACAAUCUGGGAGUGUGUGCCGAAAGGAAUGCUAUUGCAAAGGCGGUGUCAGAGGGCUGCAGACAGUUCAGAGCCAUUGCCAUCGCCAGUGAUUUGAAUGACCAGUUCAUCUCCCCUUGUGGUGGCUGCAGGCAGUUCAUGAGAGAGUUUGGGUGUGACUGGGAGGUUUAUCUUUCAAAGCCUGACUUCUCCUACCAAAAGAUGACUGUGGCUGAGCUGCUGCCGGCCUCUUUUGGUCCUGAAGAUCUGUCCAAAAAGAAGAUGUCCAACAUUCCCAACAAUCUCUGAGCAUAUAUAUACUUUUUUUUUUUAAGUUUACAUUGCAUGUUGUUUCACACAUACAUCCCUUUUCACAUUUAAUGGUUUCUAUUGUGAUAUAUAUUAUUGCAGCUUUGUCAUUUUAAAAUAGAAAAUGUGCUCUAGCUUUCUAGCAGUUAGAUUUGGUUUUUAGCUUCAUUUAGUUUAAGGUGAGCUGGAAAUUUUUGGGGGGCAGAUAGAAACCUGAUUUAUAAAACUCAUCGCACUCUGCCUUUUUUGAGUUUUGUUGUUUUUGAUCUUUUAUAAUUCCUCUACUUUUAAAAAUUGAAGUGAAACUAAGAAA